AUCUCCAGGUUGGAUCAUUUUAUUCAGAGUGCCGGUCUGGAAUAGACACAUAUUCGACGCGUAUUUUUCUAUUUCGUCUGUUUUUCGUCCGGUUCGCUUUAGGUUUUAUAAAACAAGUUAAAAUUUCCAAUGUCUUAGUGAACAGUCGCUUGAGAAACCCCAAAAAACAGAAGACCAGUCCAUAGGAACAAAAUUGGAAGUGCGCUCCGUUAAUAUUUUCGUACUGAUACCGACUAAUACCGAUUAGUCUUUAUAAUAACUAACUAGACGAUAUACCCGGGCAUAUCCAUCAAUGGCCAAGGACCAGCAUGGUAAUCCGAUCGCCGUCCAGCACCGCGAGGGCUAUGGCUCCGUCAACGGAUCGGGUUCUGUCCAGAGCCCAACACCUCACUCGGGAUCUGGUGGCGGGGUGUCGGGUUCCGGGGCAGGAUCUGGCCCACCAUCGGCACCAGGAUCUGUGCCACCCUUGAACGCCGAACUGACCGACGACCAGAGGCGGGAGCAGAGGGCCAGACUUAUAAAGGCCCUCAGCCGCUUCAAGCCACGCGACGCCAAUCCCCUCCAGUUCUACAACUGCGUCCGCGAACUGUGCAUCAUGCACAACUGCUCCAUAGACGAGGGCCUGGAACGGGCGGCCCUCACCUGGCCGGGCCUGAGCAUGGCCCAGCGGGAGCUAUACGAUUCGCAACGCCAUGCCGAACUGCCCAUUCCCGUGCCCAAGCACUUGGUCUACCGUGCCUUCCAGAAGGAGCGGAACGGCCUGUGGUCCCUUGGGCGCUCCCCGGCGAACAACCACCGCUCCACCCGCUACACUGUUGAGUCCUACAAGCCGCCCCCGAAACAGUCGCGCCUGCGCACCCAGCUGGCCGACAGGCGGCCCAAGUACGACAACCUACUGGAGCUGCCGCCGAAAGUGGCGGCCGCCCGGGUGCCCCCGCCCCACAAUCCCAAGGUGUCGCGGGUGUCGCCCUCGUCGGGCCGUAGGAUUCGGAGUCCCACGCCCCCCAUCGCCAUCCGGCGGAUGGAUUCGAUCCGCGAGAUCCUCUCGAUGGAGAGCAUUGCGAGCAGGAAGGGGCGCCGGCGCCAGGGAAAGUGUCGCCUGGGCAAGUCCAAGAAUCUCAACGAGAUGCUGGAGGCGGAGAAGCCGCUGGCGGAAAAGUUCACGGCGGCCGAGGUGAAGGCCGUAAAGACCCCCAAGAAGAAGAGCAUCCGGGUGCAGAGGAAGGCCCUGCGCGAGGAGGAGGAGAAGGCGGCGGCGGCAGCCAACUGGGAGCUGGCCAUCGGAUGUGUCCGCCGGCGUCUCAUGAUGCACCAGCCUGGCAAAGUGUGAAUACUUGUGUGUGUGAAAAGCCCGUAACAGUGUUGCGACUACCUUCCGGUGUCAACGUGCCACUGUAGCCGUAACUGUUACUCAAAAUAAGGUGGUAGCAUCGCCCUCUCAGAUCCCCCCUAUCUCUAAUCCAAAACCCAUUCGUGUACCAUUUCCAUUUGUUAUUUUUAUGCAAAAAGAUAGCAGGCAUCGUGCCCAGAUGCUGCGUAUCAGAAAACCCCAAUUUUUGGCCAAAUUUAAAUCGUGUUCCGUGAUCGGUAUGCUUCGAAUAUUUUUGUAACAAAUUUUUAUGAAGACGUCGUCAAAUUCUCUUGAUUGAAAAUGUAUUAAAAGAGUGAAAUGAA